AUGGUCCGUGCUCUCCUGCAAGUGGAACGAGGUCUUGAUGAGGCAGCUAAGGAUCAACAGGUGACCGGCAUGAUGUCAUUAAUGCUGGUCACAAACUUACAUUCCGCGGCGUCGUGGGCGAUUGACUUCAGUCAACACUGGGCGUCAUGGUUCAUCCUGGUCACGAUCGUUGACCAACCAACGACUAUCGCGAUCCGUCUGGCCAUUUCGGUGAAAUCGGUCAUUUUCGACUUGGUGUUCCUCAUUUUUGCGGACACCCAAUUCGGAUCAGCUCUGUUGAGCAUCACGCUGAUCACCAAGUCCAUGUUGGACUGGGCGAUUAGUCCUCAGACGGCACCGCCAUACGUACCGAAGAGGAUCAGAAACGGACAAUCAACCAUCGUCAAGGCAAUCAAGUCGACAGCAGUCGUUCUUGGGGGUGUUCUGACGAGCGUUAGCGCUAUCGCGGUCCUCAUCUACCAACUCACGGAAUUAUCCGUGAGGGAAUCGGCCGACUUGACGGCCAACGUGACAAGGAACAGGGCGACUCAAUCGAGUCACACCGAUGACCCACUAUGA